GAGACGAUGCCCGGGCGGCUGGGAGCCGCCGGCCGCAGGUCUUAGGCGGGCAUGGGCUUGGCAGCCCAGUCCUAGCGACCCUCUGCGCCGACUCGCUGGACGGACGCGAUGGCCUCGGAAGUGGUGUGCGGGCUCAUCUUCAGGCUGCUGCUCCCCGUCUGCCUGGCAGUAGCCUGUGCGUUCCGGUACAAUGGGCUCUCCUUCGUCUACCUCAUCUACCUUCUGCUCAUCCCCCUGUUCUCAGAACCAACCAAAGCCACCAUGCAAGGACACACAGGACGGUUGUUAAAGUCUCUGUGCUUCACCAGCUUUUCCUUCCUGUUGCUGCAUAUAAUUUUCCACAUCACGUUGGCAAGUCUGGAGGCACAGCACCGCAUUGCACCUGGUUACAACUGCUCAACCUGGGAAAAGACAUUCCGACAGAUCGGCUUUGAAAGCUUAAAGGGAGCUGAUGCUGGCAACGGGAUCCGAGUGUUUGUGCCUGACGUCGGCAUGUUCAUAGCCAGUCUGACCAUCUGGCUGGUCUGUAGGAACAUCGUUCAGAAACCAGUGACUGAAGAAGCAGCGCAGUAUAACCUGGAGUUUGAGAAUGAAGAAUCGGCUGGAGGAGAAAAAAUAGACCCAGAAGAGGCACUGAUCUAUGAAGAGGAUUUAGAGGAAAGAGAUGGUGUUGAAGGCGAUUUGGAAGAAAGCACGAAAUUAAAACUGUUCCGCAGGCUGGCCUCUGUGGCUUCCAAGCUUAAGGAGUUCAUUGGCAACAUGAUAACCACCGCGGGGAAGGUGGUUGUGACGAUUUUACUGGGUUCAUCAGGAAUGAUGCUGCCCUCUCUGACCUCGUCCGUGUACUUCUUUGUGUUUUUGGGUCUGUGCACCUGGUGGUCCUGGUGCCGAACCUUCGACCCCUUGCUGUUCAGCUGUCUCUGUGUCCUGCUGGCUAUCUUCACUGCGGGACACUUGAUUGGACUGUAUUUGUACCAGUUCCAGUUCUUCCAAGAAGCAGUCCCUCCCAACGACUACUAUGCCAGGUUGUUUGGUAUCAAAUCAGUCAUUCAAACAGACUGUUCCAGCACGUGGAAGAUCAUAGCAAACCCAGACCUGUCAUGGUACCACCAUGCCAACCCCAUCGUCCUGCUGGUGAUGUACUACACGCUGGCCACUCUAAUCCGAAUAUGGCUACAGGAGCCCCUUGUGCAGGAAGAGAGGACCAAGGAAGAGGACAGAGCCCUGGCCUGCAGCCCCGUCCCCGUCACAGCCGAGAGGAGGCGGAGCCUGUGGUACGCGACCCACUACCCCACGGAUGAGAGAAAACUUUUAUCCAUGACUCAAGAUGACUACAAACCAUCUGAUGGCCUGUUGGUGACUGUGAAUGGCAACCCUGUGGAUUACCACACCAUCCACCCCAGCCUUCCUCUGGAGAACGGCCCUGCCAAGGCCGACCUGUACUCUACCCCACAGUACCGCUGGGAGCCCGCCGCCGACUCCCCAGAAAAGAAGGAGGGAGAAGAUGAGAAUGAAGAAUUUGAGGAGGAGAAGGCCUAUGAGGAGGAAAGGAGUGUCAAAGUCCAUGCCAUGGUCUCUGUGUUCCAGUUCAUCAUGAAGCAGAGUUACAUCUGUGCCCUUAUCGCUAUGAUGGCGUGGAGCAUCACGUACCACAGCUGGCUGACGUUCGUGCUGCUGAUCUGGUCCUGCACUCUUUGGAUGAUUCGCAACAGAAGGAAAUAUGCCAUGAUCAGCUCUCCAUUCAUGGUUGUCUACGGAAAUCUCCUGCUCAUAUUACAGUACAUAUGGAGUUUUGAACUCCCUGAAAUUAAAAAGGUCCCAGGAUUUUUAGAAAAGAAAGAGCCAGGGGAACUUGCCUCAAAGAUCCUUUUUACCAUUACGUUUUGGCUGUUGCUGAGACAGCACCUCACAGAGCAAAAAGCUCUCCAAGAAAAGGAAGCUCUUCUGUCUGAGGUCAAAAUCGGAAGUCAGGAAAAUGAAGAAAAAGAUGACGAGCAGGACAUACAGGUGGAUGGGGAGGCCCAGGAGAAGAAGGAAGAAGAGGAGGCAAAGGAGGAGAAGCAGGAGCGGAAGCAGGAGGAGGAGGAGGAGGAUGAGCAGGACAUCAUGAAGGUGCUGGGUAACCUGGUGGUGGCCUUGUUCAUCAAGUACUGGAUCUACGUCUGUGGAGGCAUGUUCUUCUUUGUCAGCUUCGAGGGUAAAAUCGUGAUGUACAAGAUCAUCUACAUGGUGCUCUUCCUGUUCUGUGUGGCCCUGUAUCAGGUGCACUAUGAGUGGUGGAGACGGAUCCUGAAAUAUUUCUGGAUGUCGGUGGUUAUCUACACGAUGCUGGUGCUGAUCUUUAUAUACACAUAUCAGUUUGAAAACUUCCCGGGCCUGUGGCAAAACAUGACUGGAUUGAAAAAAGAAAAGCUGGAGGACCUUGGCUUGAAACAGUUCACGGUGGCUGAGCUGUUCACGCGCAUAUUCAUCCCCACAUCCUUCUUGCUGGUGUGCAUCCUGCACCUGCACUACUUCCACGACCGCUUCCUGGAACUCACGGACCUGAAGUCCAUUCCCAGCAAGGAAGACAGCACCAUCUACAGCCAUGCCAAGGUCAAUGGGCGCGUGUAUCUGAUAAUAAAUAGCAUCAAGAAAAAAUUACCAAUCUACCAAAAUGAACUGGCCCACCCCGAGGGAAGCCUUCCAGACCUCGCCAUGAUGAAGCCGACCGCCAGCUUGGAGGUGGUGGAAGCCAAGCAGCUGGCUGGACCUGGGGAGGAGAAGCCGGGGGGUUGCCCUGCAAAGGCCAAGAAGGGUGAGCUGGGCAAGGACAGUGAGGAAGAGGACGACGAGGAGGAGGAAGAGACGUCAGAUCUGAGGAACAAGUGGCACCUGGUGAUAGACCGCCUCACGGUGCUGUUCCUGAAGUUCCUGGAGUGCUUCCACCAGCUGCAGACGUUCCUGUGGUGGAUCCUGGAGCUUCACAUCAUCAAGAUCGUCUCCUCCUACAUCAUCUGGGUGUCCGUGAAAGAGGUGUCUCUGUUCAACUAUGUAUUUUUGAUUUCUUGGGCUUUUGCUCUGCCGUACGCCAAGCUCCGCCGCCUGGCUUCAAGUGUCUGCACUGUCUGGACAUGUGUGAUCAUUGUCUGCAAAAUGUUGUACCAGCUGCAGACCAUUAAGCCUGAAAACUUUUCUGUCAACUGUUCCUUGCCAAAUGAAAACCAAACGAAUAUACCCCUGCAGCAGCUGAACAAGUCUCUGCUCUACAGCGCCCCCAUUGACCCAGCAGAGUGGGUCGGCCUGAGGAAGUCCUCUCCUUUGCUUGUCUACCUGAGGAACAACCUCCUGAUGCUGGCCAUUCUGGCCUUUGAGGUCACCAUCUACCGCCAUCAGGAGUAUUAUCGCGGUCGGAACAACCUCACAGCCCCCGUGUCUAAAACCAUCUUUCACGACAUUACGAGACUCCACCUGGAUGAUGGACUUGUCAGUUGUGCCAAGUAUUUCAUCAAUUACUUCUUCUACAAGUUUGGUCUGGAGACCUGUUUCCUCAUGUCAGUUAACGUGAUCGGACAGCGGAUGGAUUUCUACGCCAUGAUUCAUGCCUGCUGGCUGAUUGCCGUCUUGUACCGGCGCCGAAGGAAAGCCAUUGCGGAGAUCUGGCCCAAGUACUGUUGCUUCCUGGCCUGCAUCAUCACCUUCCAGUACUUCAUCUGCAUCGGCAUCCCUCCCGCCCCGUGCCGAGAUUACCCCUGGAGGUUCAAGGGCGCCAGCUUCAAUGACAACAUCGUCAAGUGGCUGUAUUUCCCAGACUUCAUCGUGCGGCCCAACCCCGUGUUCCUCGUGUAUGACUUCAUGCUGCUUCUGUGCGCCUCCCUACAACGGCAGAUUUUCGAGGAUGAAAACAAGGCCGCUGUGCGGAUCAUGGCAGGUGACAAUGUGGAGAUCUGCAUGAACCUGGAUGCGGCCUCGUUCAGCCAGCACAACCCUGUCCCCGACUUCAUCCACUGCAGAUCGUACCUGGACAUGUCCAAAGUGAUGGUCUUCAGCUACCUCUUCUGGUUCGUGCUCACAAUCAUCUUCAUCACCGGGACGACCAGGAUCAGCAUCUUCUGCAUGGGUUACCUGGUGGCCUGCUUCUACUUCCUGCUCUUCGGGGGCGAUUUGCUGCUAAAGCCCAUCAAGAGCAUCCUGCGAUACUGGGACUGGCUGAUCGCAUACAACGUCUUUGUGAUCACGAUGAAAAACAUACUGUCGAUAGGAGCAUGCGGCUAUAUUGAAAAGUUGGUUCAAAAUAGUUGCUGGUUGAUCCAAGCUUUCAGCCUGGCCUGCACAGUCAAGGGCUACAAAAUGCCUGACGAUGGCUCCUCGUGUAAACUGCCGAGCGGGGAAGCAGGGAUUAUUUGGGACAGCAUAUGCUUUGCCUUCCUUCUGCUGCAGAGAAGAGUUUUCAUGAGUUACUAUUUCCUGCACGUCGUGGCGGAUAUAAAAGCUUCACAGAUCCUGGCUUCGAGGGGGGCUGAACUUUUCCAGGCCACGAUUGUAAAGGCUGUAAAGGCAAGAAUUGAGGAAGAGAAAAAGUCCAUGGACCAGCUUAAGAGGCAGAUGGAUCGCAUCAAGGCCAGGCAACAGAAAUACAAAAAGGGUAAGGAGAGGAUGCUGAGCUUGACUCAGGAGUCAGGGGAAGGCCAGGACAUCCAAAAACUCUCUGAAGAGGAUGAUGAAAGAGAAGCAGACAAACAGAAAGCCAAGGGCAAAAAAAAGCAGUGGUGGCGGCCUUGGGUUGAUCAUGCUUCCAUGGUCAGGAGUGGAGAUUACUAUUUGUUUGAAACGGACAGUGAAGAGGAGGAAGAGGAAGAAUUAAAAAAGGAGGAUGAAGAGCCUCCACGAAGGUCAGCUUUCCAGUUUGUUUAUCAAGCCUGGAUUACUGACCCUAAAACAGCACUCCGACAGAGGCGCAAAGAGAAAAAAAGAUCUGCAAGAGAAGAACAGAAAAGAAGGAGAAAAGGAUCUGGGGACGGUCCUGUGGAGUGGGAAGACCGGGAGGAUGAACCGAUCAGGAAGAAGUCUGAUGGACCAGAUAAUAUCAUCAAGAGGAUAUUUAAUAUUCUGAAGUUCACCUGGGUCCUGUUUCUGGCGACCGUGGACAGUUUCACAACGUGGCUGAACUCCAUCUCCAGGGAGCACAUCGACAUCUCCACCGUCCUGAGGAUCGAGAGGUGCAUGCUGACCAGAGAGAUUAAAAAGGGCAAUGUCCCGACCCGGGAGAGCAUCCACAUGUACUAUCAGAACCACAUCAUGAACCUUUCCAGAGAGUCGGGACUGGACACCAUUGAUGACCGUCCUGGCGCCACCGCAGGUAUACAGACAGCCCAUAGGAUGGACAGCUUAGAUUCCCACGACAGCAUCUCCAGCUGCUACACGGAAGCAACCAUGCUGUUCUCAAGGCAGUCCACCCUUGAUGAUUUAGAUGGACCAGAAACUGUUCCUAAAACGAGCGAGCGCGCUCGGCCCGGGCUCCGUAAAAUGCUCAGCAUGGAUGUGUCCUCUUCGUCGGCUGAGAGCACCAGCUUAGCCUCCAGUGAGCCCACGCAGUGCACGAUGCUGUACUCGCGCCAGGGGACCACAGAGACCAUAGAGGAGGUGGAGGCCGAGCAGGAUGAGGAAGCUGGUAUUACACUACCCGUGCCUUGAGAAGCAUCAGAAUAUGACCAGAGUGGUUAUCAUUUGAAAUGUGUGGAGGCCGAGCAGGAUGAGGAAGUGCCUGAGGACACCCAGUCCCCGCAGGACCCCAUGCAGGACGGCGAGGUGGAGGCCCCGCCGUCCUACAGCAAGGCCGUCAGCUUGGAGCGCCUGUCUUUUGACUCCCGGGACGACUCGGGGGGCCAGACCCACAUGGCGGUCAGCCCCGACGACAGCCGCUCAGACCGCCUGGAGGCCAGCAUCCUGCCACCCCUGACCCAUGAGCUGACGGCCAGCGAGCUACUGCUGAACAAGAUGUUCCGUGACGAUGAGCUGGAAGAGUCGGAGAAGUUCUAUGUCGGGCAGCCCCGCUUCCUGCUGCUGUUUUACGCCAUGUACAACACGCUGGUGGCCCGCUCGGAGACGGCGUGCUACUUCGUCAUCAUCCUCAACCACAUGGUCUCCGCCUCCGUGGUCACACUCGUGCUGCCCAUCCUGAUCUUCCUCUGGGCCAUGCUGUCUGUCCCCCGGCCCAGCAGACGCUUCUGGAUGAUGGCCAUCGUCUACACAGAGGUGGCAAUUGUGGUCAAGUAUUUCUUCCAGUUUGGGUUCUUUCCCUGGAACAAGAAUGUGGAAUUGAACAAAGACAAGCCUUACCACCCACCCAAUAUCAUCGGGGUGGAGAAGAAGGAGGGCUACGUUCUCUACGACCUCAUCCAGCUGCUGGCCCUCUUCUUCCACCGGUCCAUCCUGAAGUGCCACGGCCUGUGGGACGAAGAUGACAUCGCAGACAGUGGCUCUGACGAGGUGGGCUCGGACGACGCGCUGUCCCUCAGCCACGGUAGGAGGGGUUCCUCCGACUCCCUGAAGUCCAUCAACCUGGCCGCGUCCGUGGAGUCGGUGCACGUGACCUUCCCCGAGCAGCCGGCCGCCAUCAGGAGGAAGCGCUCCAGCAGCGGCUCCCAGAUGUCCCAGGGCUCCAGCUUUUCCUCCAAUAGGUCCAAGAGAGGCAGCACAAGCACCCGAAACAGCAGCCAGAAAGGAAGCAGCGUUGUGAGCGGCAAGCAAAAAAGCAGACGGGAACGUUACGUGGAGAAGCUUCGAGAACACUUAAUCAAAGCAAAAGCGUUUACCAUAAAGAAGACCCUGCAGCUCUACGUGCCCAUCAGACAGUUCUUCUACGACCUCAUCCACCCCGACUACAGCGCCGUGACCGACGUGUACGUGCUCAUGUUCCUGGCAGACACCGUCGACUUCGUCAUCAUCGUCUUCGGCUUCUGGGCCUUUGGGAAACAUUCAGCCGCGGCCGACAUCACCUCCUCGCUGUCGGAGGACCAGGUCCCGGGGCCCUUCUUGGUGAUGGUCCUCAUUCAGUUCGGCACCAUGGUGGUGGACCGGGCACUGUACCUCAGGAAGACGGUGCUGGGGAAGGUCAUCUUCCAGGUCAUCCUGGUGUUUGGGAUUCACUUCUGGAUGUUCUUCAUCUUGCCUGGUGUGACUGAGAGGAAAUUCAGCCAGAACCUGGUCGCCCAGCUUUGGUACUUCGUGAAAUGCGUGUAUUUCGGGUUGUCCGCCUACCAGAUCCGCUGCGGCUACCCGACGCGGGUCCUCGGAAACUUCCUCACCAAGAGCUACAACUACGUCAAUCUCUUCUUGUUUCAAGGGUUCCGCCUCGUCCCUUUUCUGACGGAGCUGAGGGCCGUGAUGGACUGGGUGUGGACAGACACGACCCUGAGCCUGUCCAGCUGGAUCUGUGUGGAGGACAUCUAUGCUCACAUAUUCAUCCUCAAGUGUUGGCGGGAGUCGGAAAAAAGGUACCCGCAGCCCCGGGGGCAGAAGAAGAAGAAGGUGGUCAAGUACGGGAUGGGGGGGAUGAUCAUCGUCCUGCUCAUCUGUAUUGUGUGGUUCCCUCUGCUCUUCAUGUCUCUGGUCAAAUCUGUCGCCGGGGUCAUCAACCAGCCCCUGGACGUCUCGGUCACAAUUACCCUGGGCGGGUACCAGCCUAUUUUCACAAUGAGUGCCCAGCAAAGCCAGCUGAAAGUUAUGGACCAGCCAAAGUUUAAUAAAUUUAUUAAAGCUUUUUCUAAGGACACUGGUGCUAUGCAAUUUCUGGAAAAUUAUGAAAAAGAAGACAUAACAGUAGCAGAACUGGAAGGAAACUCAAAUUCUUUGUGGACCAUCAGCCCUCCCAGUAAGCAGAAAAUGAUACACGAGCUCAUGGAUCCCAAUAGUAGCUUCUCUGUUGUUUUUUCAUGGAGUGUGCAGAGAAACAUGAGUCUGGGUGCAAAAGCCGAAAUAGCAACAGAUAAGCUUUCUUUUCCUCUUAAAAAUACAACACGAGAGCACAUUGCUAAAAUGAUAGCUGGCAACAACACAGAAAGUUCCAAAACGCCAGUGACCAUAGAAAGGAUUUACCCAUACUACGUGAAAGCACCCAGUGACUCUAACUCCAAACCCAUAAAGCAACUUUUAUCUGAAAAUAAUUUCAUGAACAUCACCAUUAUUCUGUCCAGAGACAAUACAACUAAAUCCAACAGUGAGUGGUGGGUUCUCAACUUGACUGGGAAUAGAAUCUACAACCAGCAUGCGCAGGCCCUGGAGCUGGUGGUCUUCAAUGACAAGGUCAGCCCCCCAAGCCUGGGGUUCCUGGCCGGCUACGGUAUCAUGGGCCUCUACGCUUCAGUGGUCCUGGUGAUUGGGAAGUUUGUCCGUGAAUUCUUCAGCGGGAUUUCUCACUCCAUCAUGUUUGAAGAGCUUCCGAAUGUGGAUCGGAUUUUGAAGUUAUGCACAGAUAUUUUUUUAGUUCGAGAGACCGGGGAGCUGGAACUGGAGGAGGACCUUUAUGCCAAAUUAAUAUUCUUGUACCGUUCGCCAGAAACCAUGAUCAAAUGGACCAGGGAGAAAACAAACUGACGCCCCAGGCCACAGA